GGUGCUGAACAUAGCAAAACUAUUAAGCUCAUCAUUCAAUUUUUAGACAUUGGCUCAUAACAUCAAGUUGGACAAACGUAUUAUUAAAUUUGCCGGCAUUUGGCGGAUUGCAUAGAAUCAAAACGACCGAACUAGACAAAUCCAAACGCAUAUUAGAGUAUUGAAAUAUUUGGAAAGAAGUCAAAUUUGAACGAGUCGGAGACAAGAUGGGCACCGUUAAUGGACCCAUUUCUGGCAACACGACUUGUCUAUUGCUCUUAAGUGUUGUUGUGUUGCUGGUUAUUGUUGCGAAUAUUGAUAAGGCUAGCGCUUUGGGUCGGUUCCGUAACGGGCGUUAUGAUGACGGGUUCCUAGGUGAGCCCAGCAAAUUCGAGUCGCUGCGGCGUGAGCCAGAACCAAAAGAUCAAUGGUUUGAACAAAAGCUGGAUCAUUUAGGGCAGAAAAUUAAGGAUGUCACUUGGAAACAGCGUUAUUUUGUGAACGAUGAAUUCUACCGCAACGAUAGCACAGCGCCAAUUUUUCUCAUGAUUGGAGGCGAAGGUGAGGCAUCAAAACGUUGGAUGUCCCAGGGUGCUUGGAUUAAAUAUGCUGAGAUUUUCGGCGCCCUAUGUUUCCAAUUGGAACAUAGAUUUUAUGGAAAGAGUCAUCCCACAAGCGAUCUCUCCACGAAGAAUCUUGUCUAUUUGACCUCGGAGCAAGCACUUUCAGAUUUGGCCAAUUUUAUUCGAAGCAUGAAACAGCAAUAUAAUUUGGGUGCUAAACAAAAAUGGAUAGUGUUCGGUGGUUCUUAUCCAGGCUCGUUGGCAGCCUGGGCGCGUGAGAAAUUCCCAGAUCUUAUACAUGGCGCUAUUAGCUCUAGUGGCCCAUUACUGGCCAAGGUUGAUUUCAAAGAGUAUUUCGAGGUGGUAAAAGCUUCCUUGGCUACCUACUCGUCUGAAUGCUUGGAAGCAGUUGGUCGUGCUUUUGCACAAGUUGAAAUUCUAACACGCCACAUGAUUGGCCAGCGCAAUUUGGAUGAUAAAUUCAAAACCUGCACACCAAUCAAGGACUCGGUCGACAAUCCGUUGGACAUGUCCAACUUUUUUGAAACUUUGGCUGGCAACUUUGCUGGAGUUGUGCAAUAUAACAAGGACAAUAAGCCGAGUGCCACAUAUACAAUCGAUGAUCUUUGCAAUGUCAUGGUCAAUACUACCAUCGGACCACCUGUUACUCGCCUCGGUGUCGUCAAUGACAUGCUCUUGAAGGAAUCAAAAGAAAAAUGUUUGGAUUACAAGUAUGAUAAAAUGAUAGCUGAGCUAAAAGAGACUUCAUGGGCUGCUAAGGCUUGUAAUGGCAGUCGUCAAUGGACUUAUCAGACAUGCAAUGAAUUUGGGUUCUAUCAAACAUCAAAUAAUAAGAGUGACAUUUUCGGUGAUCGAUUUGCAGUUGACUUUUUCAUAAAGCAAUGCAUGGAUAUUUACUCAGAGAGCAUGGACGCAAAGUACCUCGAGCAGGUUGCUUCGCAGACUAAUACUUACUAUGGAGCUCUGCAUCCCAACACAACCAAUGUGCUCUACGUGCAUGGUUCCAUUGAUCCAUGGCAUGCGCUGGGUUUGACCAAAUCUAAAAAUCCAAAAUUACCAACUAUUUACAUUGAAGGCACUGCGCACUGCGCCAAUAUGUACGAGCCCGCUAAAACCGAUCCACCACAAUUGGUGGAGGCACGCAAUAAAAUAAUUAAAUAUAUUUCGCAAUUGUUGGAGAAUUUUAAGGUGGCUAGAGCAUAGAUAUGAAGAUUUUUUUCUUCAAAAGCACGAGUCGUCUGUAAUAUUGUAAUAUAAUUUUACACUCGAAAGAAAAUCGAAUAUUUUCUGUUAGCGAAUAUGUAUGAGCAAGCAUGUAUAUUUUUAUAUAAAUAAAGAAAAGACUUGAUAA